GUGAAUGAGAGGUAGAGAAACAUCAAAAUCUAACGUUUUAUAUGCUGGCUCGACCCUCCAAGUAUUACUCAGAAAAAUCUGUCUCCUAAAUUGUACUUCUUGGUUUCAAAACUUUCUAUUCUAUUCCUUCUUUCUUUCUUUCUUUUUCUCAAUUUACACAGAACAGACUUGAACCCAUUAAAGUUUCCAAACAGGCAUGUGUUGUUGAUGACAAGCGCUCUUCCGCAGAUGCAACCUCUCAAAUGUUUCGAGUCAGACAAAUAUUCUCCCAUCCAAGAUUAUUCUUUCGGAUUAGCCCACCGGCUUCAUUGAAUUCGAGCACCCGCAAUGUGCGCCAUGUACAGUUUAAAAGACCACGGAUCAGAAGAUUUAUAACAACAUGCUGUCUUUAUGGAAUGGCGUUCCAUCUGUCGAGUUCAUUCGUUCUUUCACAAUUCGACAAUGGUACGCGCAAGGCAGAUGUACUAGAAGAGCCCGUUGCCUCUGGACGAGAUAAGGACACACAUGAUCCUGAUGAAAAAACGGACCUUGAUCCGGUUUUCAUUCCACUCGGGUUACCAUAUUUAAGGGAAGGCGAAUUCUAUGCAGUAUCGGACCCUGAAUGGAAACAGUUUGUGAAAAUUUCCCAAGACCGCGAAAAGCUCAAUUCUCUUCAAGGAGAACUAGCAUCACUUGUUUUAUCUGAUGCAGCACAAUCCGCUUUACUUUCUCGUUUGUUAGGCGGGCCUCUCGAAUUAACCGGGUCCUGGCUUGUGCACCACUUCCCAUCUCGAGCACCACCUAAAUAUACCCGCAUAGGGAUACAGAUUACUGACACAGCCAUUGCGUUGGUCUCUAAAUACAUGGCGUUCGAAGAAGGUGAUCGACUUAAAAGAUGCAUAUGGCCCCUUCCUGCUACUCUUGCAAUCAAAGAUGCAUACUCGGUUUUAUUCCAACGACAACUCUCCAAACUAAGUGCCACGAAGCUGGGCGAAGAACACCAAGUUUCAAGCUCAAAUUUCCCGUCUUAUACAACUAUGCUAUCAUCUGACCCAAAGGCCGCGGAUGAUUCAAGUCAAGUACCUCCUCAUCACUCUCGUAUAUCGAAUUCUGGAGAAAGUGCAAACCGAAGCAACGACGACUACCAUGACUACCCUUUCUCUGUCAUUUCCACGUUGAAAAAGCUUCUACUGCAGUUUGGCCCUGGUUCGGAUCUUUACACAGCAUCAUUGGCCUUCAAGUUUCGAUUCAACGAUUGUUUGUCUCGGGAGCGACACUCUUCUCCCCGUGGUGUGUUUUAUUUCGCCGGGCCAGUUGGUCUCAAAGGGCCUAAGGGAUUCUGUAGGAUUGAGGUUAAAGGCGAAUAUGACCCAGCAGCUGCUAAAUGGGCCAUCGUUUCAAUGCAGUUGAAGGAUCUGAGUGUUUUCAACCAGAGUGCACUCGGGGGGCAUUAGCCAAGGACCACGGCCAGCUUUGCAAUAUAGUGAUGCGGUUGGGCAGUCAAUUUCUUAGUACUGGAUGAGAUUAGAUGAUUGCCUGGCUUCCGACCAAAUCGAUUGUAGAUGAUCAGUUGCUUCCACUUUCUCUUGAGUAACCUUAACUUGUUUCGUUGAAUUUAAC